ACGUCACCGCCGUCCUCGACUGAAGACGUUAGAGAAGCAUCCGGGGUCUUUCGUCGCCGGUGAUCAUCAUCCGGGCCUUUUCACGUCACUUCCGUUGAAAACAACACCACGUGCGUUGCCCAUGAACGCAGUAGCUGUCACUUCCAGCGGGAUUAAAAGCAGCAUUUAUUUGACGUAUAAAUGCAGACUGGUUGAAGCUAGUUUGAACCAAAAAAGUCAAGCUUCGGAGAAGACUGACUGCCAACCAUGAGUUUCAUUGAAUAUUCCGAUUUAAUCCAAGAUGGGGAUGUUGCCAUUGUUCACCUGGGCCACAACUCAGUGACAGCCGUCAAAGUGCAGCAUGGUGCUCAGACACAGACUCGCUUCGGAGUCAUUCGCCAUUCCACAGACCUCAUCAGUCAGCGCUACGGCUCUAAAGUAACCUGUAGUAAAGGCGGGUGGGUACAUGUGCUCCACCCCACACCCGAGCUGUGGACCGUCGCGCUGCCUCACCGCACCCAGAUUCUCUACACCACAGACAUCGCCAUGGUGACAAUGAUGCUGGAGCUGAAGCCAGGAUCGGUGGUCUGCGAGUCAGGUACCGGUAGUGGAUCCCUCUCCCACGCCAUCCUGCGCACCAUCGCCCCCACUGGCCACUUGCACACAGUGGAGUUCCACCAGCAGCGGGCAGAAAAGGUGGUGGAGGAGUUCAAGGAGCACCGUGUGGAUCACUUGGUGACCGUCAGGAACCAGGACGUGUGCAAGGAUGGGUUUGGAGUGACGGGGGUCGCAGACGCAGUCUUCCUGGACAUCCCCAGUCCCUGGGAGGCAGUGGGACAUGCCAAGGCUGCUAUGAAGAAGCACGGGGGCCGGCUGUGCUCCUUCUCUCCGUGCAUAGAGCAGGUUCAGAGGACGUGCCAGGCGCUGACGGAGCGGGGCUUUGAGGAGGUCAGGACCCUGGAGGUUCUGCUCAGAGUCCAUAACGUCCGACCCGUCACCCUGCAGCUGCCCGACUUCGGCCCUGACUCCGGCUCUCCCUCGUCCUCCUCUCAGGCCGUGGAGGAGGCUCCUCCCGCUGCUGCUGCAAACCCCGCCUCCCUAAAAAUCAAGACCACCACUCUGCCCAGAGAAAUGCCGGGCCACACGGGGUACCUCACCUUCGCCACCAAACCCAGAACCUGAAGGCUGGAAGCCGCCGGUCACUGCUUGCAUCAAGCAGAAAUUCGGACCACGAGCUUCUUCUGGAAUAUUCAGGAUGUUUAUCUUUGAGUUGUGAUAUUAUAAGGUUAACCUUUUAUACCUACUUUUAGGUUUGCUGAGCAUUUUGGUUUUUUGUGUGUUUGUUUAUACAGGCAAUAAAUGAGUGAAAUUUAUUGUUUUUCAUUUUACAGCCUGUUGAACUGAACCCUGUAAGGAAGAAUACAUGAAAAAUAAUAAAUUAGCUGAAAGGAUUUUGUGUCUGCUACACGGUGCUUUACCAACUAUUUCACAUUUAUUCCUCAUCUCAACAAUUUCAUUGGGAUUUCACAUCAUAAACUAAUGCAGAGUGUAAUUGGGAAAAGGACCAAGAGAUGCAUGAUUUUUAAAUUUAUUUUACUAUUAAAUAUCUAAAACAUC